CUUUGUCUCCUUUGUUCCCAGCGGUGGCAGAGCCGCGGCGGGAGGGGCGGGCAGCGGGCGCAGUUUUCCGCCCCUCGGUCUCCGGGUAACAGCUGCGGCUCCGCCAGACCCACCUCCGGGGGGAGGGAAGGUCGCCGCGCGCAGAUCCCGAGCGAGCCCGGAGCUGCCCGCCGCGGACGCCGCGCCGCGCGCAUCCCGCAGGCAGGUCGGGCGGUGACUCCUGCUCAGGUCAUGCUGUUAUCUCCUGACCCAGCCAGCCCUGCCAGGUGACCAUGCCUGUCCUCGGCCCAGUUCUUCUCCAGGUGCUCUGGGCCGGGUGUGUCCUCACCCUACAGUCCCCUCUACCAGCUGCUUUUACUGCCAAUGGCACACAUCUACAGCACUUGGCAAGGGACCCCACCUCAGGUACCCUUUAUGUAGGGGCCACCAACUUCCUGUUCCAGCUGAGCCCUGGGUUGCAGCUGGAAGCCGUGGUGUCCACAGGCCCUGUGAAUGACAGCCUAGAUUGUCUGCCACCUGUGAUACCUGAUGAAUGUCCCCUAGCCCAACCUACUAACAACCCUAACCAGCUGCUCCUGGUGAGCCCAGAGGCACUGGUGGUGUGUGGGAGUGUCCACCAGGGUAUCUGUGAGCUACGGAGCCUGGGACAGAUCGGGCAGCUGCUGCUCCGGCCAGAGCGGCCUGGGGAUACCCAGUAUGUGGCUGCAAAUGACCCUGCAGUUAGCACAGUGGGGCUAGUUGCCCAGGGCUUGUUGGGGGAGCCCCUCCUGUUUGUGGGGCGGGGGUACACCAGCAAGGGCGUAAGUGGUGGUAUUCCUCCCAUUACAACCCGGGCCCUGCGACCACUAGACCCCCAAGCUGCCUUCUCUUAUGAGGAGACAGCCAAGCUGGCAGUAGGCCGCCUCUCUGAGUACAGCCAUCACUUCGUGAGUGCCUUUGUUCGUGGGGCCAGUGCCUACUUCCUGUUCCUGCGGCGAGACCUGAAGGCCCCUUCCAGAGCUUUCCGUGCCUAUGUGUCCCGAGUGUGCCUUCAGGACCAGCAUUACUACUCGUAUGUGGAACUGCCCCUGGCCUGCCAGGGUGGCCGCUAUGGUUGGAUCCAGGCUGCCUCUGUGGCCACAUCCAAGGAGGUGGCCCGUGGGGAAGUGCUCUUCGCAGCCUUCUCCUCAGUGGCUCCUCCCACUGUGGACUGGCCCCUGUCGGCUUCUACUGGGGCAUCUGGAACCUCUGUGCUCUGUGCCUUCCCCCUGGAUGAGGUAGACCAGCUUGCUAAUUAUACUCGAGAUGCCUGUUACACCCGGGAAGGCCUUGCUGAGAACGGGACCAAGGUGGCUGACAUUGCAUACGAUGUCCUUUCUGACUGUGCACAGCUGCCAGUGGAUACCCCGGAUGCCUUUCCCUGUGGCUCAGACCACACACCCAGCCCCAUGGUCAGCUGUGUCCCUUUGGAAGCCACACCAAUUCUGGAGCUGCCAGGGGUUCAGCUAACAGCUGUGGCAGUCACCAUGGAGGAUGGACACACCAUUGCCUUCCUGGGUGACAGUCAAGGACAGUUGCAUAGGGUCUACUUGGGCCCUGGAAGAAGUGUUGCCCCAUACUCUAAACAGAGCAUCCAGCCAGGGUCUGCUGUGAGCAGAGACCUUACCUUUGAUGGUACCUUUGAGCAUCUGUAUGUAGUGACCCAGACUACCCUUGUGAAGGUUCCUGUGGCCCCUUGUGCUGAGCGUCUGGACUGUGACUCUUGCCUUGCCCACAGGGACCCUUACUGUGGAUGGUGUGUGCUCCUGGGCAGAUGUACUCGCCGGUCAGAGUGCUCCAGGGGCCAGGGGCCAGAGCAGUGGCUGUGGAGCUUCCAGUCGGAACUGGGCUGUCUUCGAGUGGUGGCUGUGAGCCCUGCCAAUAUCAGUCGGGAGGAGAAGAGGGAGGUUUCCUUGUCGGUGCCAGGCCUGCCGUCUCUUUGGCCGGGGGAAUCAUAUUUCUGUUACUUUGGAGACCAUCAGAGUCCUGCUCUACUGACUGGUUCUGGUGUGAUGUGCCCCUCCCCAGACCCUAGUGAGGCUCCGAUGCUGCACAGAGGAGCCGACCACAUCUCCGUGAACGUGGAGCUCAGGUUUGGUGCCGUGGUGAUCGCCAACACUUCCCUCUCGUUCUAUGACUGCAUGGCAGUUACUGGGCUGUUCCCAUCUGCUCCGUGCCGGGCCUGUGUGAGCAGCCGCUGGGGGUGUAACUGGUGUGUGUGGCAGCACCUGUGCACACACAAGGCCUCGUGUGGUGCUGGGCCCAUGGUGGCAAGCCAACAGAGCCCACUCCUCUCCCUAGUCCCUCCUGCAAGGGAUGUGCUCACUCCGUCCCCACCCACAGUCCCCACAGCCGCAGUCCCCCCUGCUCCCAGCACCUUCCCAGUGGAGCCUAGGGCUCCCUCCACAGUUGCAGAUGUCCUACCCGGGGCCAGGCGGGCGGGUCCUGGCCCCAUACUUUCCCCUACCUCCACAGAGUCACCUCUCCCUGAGAAGCCCCUCCUUUCUGACCUCCCUAUCACACCUGGAACCACUGUCCCUACCCCUGCUGACUUGGAACCAGGGACCACACCUGAGGACCUCUCGGCCUCCUACCCAUUCCCCUCAGAUGCAGGCACAGUGCCCCCUGCAGAGCCUGGCCCUGAGGCCCUGCCCUCCAUGGGGGCUCUGGACCAGCCCCCUGGCACUGCUCCUGUCACCACUUUCCCAGGGGCCAAUGGCUCCAUGAAGCCUAUUCUGGAUUGGCUCGUGAAAGAAGGCGGCGAGCUGCCCGAGGCGGAUGAGUGGAUGGGGGUUGACACGCCCGCCUUCUCCACUUCCACACUCCUCUCAGGUGAUGGAGACUCAGCAGAGCGCGAGGGCUCUCCUGCCCCCCUCAUCCUCCUGUCCAGCCUCGACUACCAGUACGACACCCCCGGGCUCUGGGAGCUGGGAGAGAUGAGUCAGAGGGUGAGCUCCUGCCCUUGUGUGGAGAAUGUUCAAGGCUCCUUGCUGAUACCGGUCCACGUGGAGCGAGAAAUCCAGCUUCGAGGCAGGAACCUGUGGCUCUUCCAGGAUGGCCCAAGGAACAGCGAAUGUGUGAUGGAGCUGGAGGGCCUGGAGGUUGCAGUUGAGGCCCAGGUUGAAUGUGCGCCACCUCCAGACACCUGGUGCCACAUCAAGUGCCAGCAACACCAGUUCAGCUACAAGGCUUUGCAGCCAGAACUCCAAGUGGGGCUGUUCGUGCGUUGGGCGGGCGGCCUGCGUGUGGACAGUGCUGAUGGGCUGUAUGUGGUACUGUAUGACUGCUCCGUGGGACAUGGGGACUGCAGCCGCUGCCAGACUGCCAUGCCCCAGUACGGCUGUGUGUGGUGUGAGGGGGAGCACCCGCGUUGUGUGGCCCGGGAAGCCUGCUAUGAAGCUGAGACAGUGGCCACUCAGUGCCCUGCACCUCUCAUCCACUCGGUGGAACCACUGACUGGACCUAUAGACGGAGGUACCCGUGUCACCAUCAGGGGCUCCAACCUGGGCCAGCACGUACGGGACGUGCUGGGCAUGGUCAGAGUGGCUGCAGUGCCCUGUGCUGUCGAUGCUGGGGAAUACGAGGUCUCUAGUAGUCUUGUGUGCGUCACUGGGACCACCCGGGAGGAAGUGACUGGCGCUGUGGCAGUGGAGGUGCCUGGAAGAGGGCGCAGUGUCUCAGAGUUCAACUUUGCCUACCAGGAUCCAAAAGUACACUCCAUCUUCCCAGACCGAGGCCCCAGAGCCGGAGGCACCCGCCUCACGAUUCAUGGUUCUAAGCUCCUGACAGGGCUGCUAGAGGACAUCCGUGUGGUGGUUGGUGACCAGCCUUGUCACUUGCUGCGGGAGCAGCAGUCUGAGCGGCUGUGCUGUGAGACCAGCCCUUAUCCCGUGCCUGCUGAGCUUCCAGUGGCUGUCUGGUUUGGGACUACUGAGCGGAAGCUGCAGCAUGGCCAAUUCAAGUAUACAUCGGACCCCAAUGUCACCUCUGUGGGCCCCACCAAGAGCUUCUUCAGUGGAGGACGUGAGAUACGGGUCCGUGGCCAGAAUCUGGAUGUGGUACAGAUGCCAAGAAUCCGAGUGACUAUGGUCCCAAGAAUGCUACAGCCUGGCCAGGAGCUUGGACAGAGGCAUCCUGUGGUCCCUGAGAAAAUUGAGGAGCCUUGUCUUGUGAAUUCCUCCCAUCUUAUCGUGUGCCGCACACCUGCCCUCCCCAGCCCACCAGAGGACCCUUGGGUCCAGGUGGAGUUUAUCCUGGACAAUGUGGUCUUUGACUUUGCUACACUGAGCGCCAUACCCUUCUCCUAUGAAGCUGACCCUACUUUGCAUUCUCUCAACCCCGAGGAUCCCACCACACCAUUCCGGCACAAGCCAGGGAGUGUGUUCUCUGUGGAGGGGGAGAAUCUCGACCUUGCCAUGUCUAAGGAGGAGGUGGUGGCCAUGAUAGGAGAUGGCCCCUGCGUGGUGAAGACACUGACCCGACACCACCUGUACUGUGAGCCGCCUGUGGAGCAGCCCCUGCCACAGCACCAUGCCCUCCAGGAGGCACCAGAUGCUUUGCCUGAGUUCACGGUACGGAUGGGCAACCUACUCUUCUCCCUGGGCCACGUACAGUAUGAUGGCGAGAGCCCUGUGGCUUUUCCUGUGGCGGCCCAAGUGGGUUUGGGAGUAGGCACAUCUCUCCUGGCCCUGGCUGUCAUCAUCAUUGUUCUCAUAUACAGGAGGAAGAGCAAGCAGGCCCUGAGGGACUAUAAGAAAGUGCAGAUCCAGUUGGAGAAUCUGGAGAGCAGUGUUCGGGACCGCUGUAAGAAGGAGUUUACAGACCUCAUGACCGAGAUGACCGACCUCACCAGUGACCUCCUUGGCAGCGGCAUCCCCUUCCUUGACUACAAGGUGUAUGCAGAGAGGGUCUUCUUCCCUGGGUACCGGGAGUCACCCUUGCACAGGGACCUCGGCGUGCCUGACAGCAGGCGACCCACUGUGGAACAGGGCCUGGGCCAGCUCUCCAACCUGCUUAACAGCAAGCUUUUCCUCACCAAGUUCAUCCACACGCUGGAGAGUCAGCGAACCUUCUCUGCUCGGGACCGUGCCUAUGUGGCAUCUCUGCUCACUGUGGCACUUCACGGGAAGCUUGAAUACUUCACUGACAUCCUCCGUACUCUACUUAGUGACCUGGUGGCCCAAUAUGUGGCCAAGAACCCCAAGCUGAUGCUGCGCAGGACAGAGACUGUGGUGGAGAAGCUGCUCACCAACUGGAUGUCCAUCUGCCUCUACACCUUUGUGAGGGACUCUGUAGGAGAGCCUCUAUACAUGCUCUUUCGAGGGAUUAAGCAUCAAGUGGACAAGGGGCCCGUGGACAGUGUGACUGGCAAAGCCAAAUAUACCCUGAACGACAACCGCCUGCUCAGAGAGGAUGUGGAGUACCGUCCCCUGACCUUGAAUGCUCUUCUGGCUGUGGGGCCUGGCGCAGGAGAGGCCCAGGGUAUAGCUGUGAAGGUCCUGGACUGUGACACCAUCUCCCAAGCCAAGGAGAAGAUGCUCGACCAGCUUUAUAAGGGAGUGCCUCUUGCCCAACGGCCAGACUCUCGCACCUUGGAUGUUGAAUGGCGGUCUGGAGUGGCGGGCCACCUCAUCCUUUCUGAUGAAGAUGUCACUUCUGAGGUCCAGGGUCUGUGGAGACGUCUCAAUACCCUGCAGCAUUACAAGGUUCCAGAUGGAGCAACAGUGGCCCUAGUCCCCUGCCUUACAAAGCAUGUGCUUAGGGAAAACCAGGAUUACGUCCCUGGAGAACGGACGCCAAUGCUGGAAGACGUAGAUGAGGGGGGCAUCCGGCCCUGGCACCUGGUAAAGCCAAGUGAGGAGCCAGAACCUCCCAGGCCUCGGAGGGGCAGCCUUCGGGGUGGGGAGCGUGAGCGAGCCAAGGCCAUUCCUGAGAUCUACCUGACACGCCUGCUGUCCAUGAAGGGCACACUGCAGAAGUUUGUGGAUGACCUGUUCCAGGUGAUUCUCGGCGCCAGCCGCCCCGUGCCGCUGGCUGUCAAGUACUUCUUUGACUUGCUAGAUGAACAGGCUCAGCAGCACGGCAUCUCCGAUCAGGAUACCAUCCACAUCUGGAAGACCAACAGCCUGCCGCUGAGAUUCUGGAUUAACAUCAUCAAAAACCCACAGUUCGUGUUCGAUGUGCAGACGUCUGACAACAUGGAGGCAGUGCUCCUCGUCAUUGCACAGACCUUCAUGGAUGCCUGCACCCUGGCCGACCACAAACUGGGCAGGGACUCCCCCAUCAACAAGCUUCUGUAUGCUCGAGAUAUUCCCCGUUACAAACAGAUGGUAGAAAGGUACUAUACAGACAUCAGACAGACUGUCCCGGCCAGUGACCAAGAGAUGAACUCAGUCCUAGCAGAGCUGUCCCGGAACUACUCUGGCGACCUUGGGGCACGUGUGGCUCUGCACGAACUCUACAAGUAUAUCAACAAGUACUAUGACCAGAUCAUCACUGCCCUGGAGGAGGAUGGCACUGCUCAGAAGAUGCAGCUCGGGUACCGGCUCCAGCAGAUUGCUGCUGCUGUGGAAAAUAAGGUCACAGAUCUAUAGGGACCAGGGAGUCCUGGCCGGCUGUUGUCUCAGCACCCCCUGGGCAGCCCUGGGAUCGCAAGGAGAGGCCACCCUCGUAGAUGCCUGUAGUGACUGAGAAGCGGAGUUUAAUGAAAGGUGGCUCCCAAACUCCCGCUGGCUUCGGCCUCGGCCCACUUGGGCCCACCUUGUAGGCAUGGGACCUGCUGGCUCAGUUGGUAGUACCAGGCCUGCCCCAAGAAUGGUGACUCUGUGACAUACUUGCUGGGUGACGCCAGCCUGCAGGAAACUGAGGACUUAGGGUUUCCAGAGAAUGUCUGGUAAGGCCCCUGGGGAGACUGUACUGUUGUUAAGCACUGGCCUGUGUCCUAUCAGAAAUCAGAGGAAGGAAGAACGCCCUCCCACUUCCUGUCCUCUUCAUCCAUCCAUCCUCGACCUCAGUUUAGCUUCCUCUGCCCUUGUUCCCGGUUGCCAAUUGAGGGGGGGGGGCUUUCUGGGCUGCUGCUGCCUGAGCAGGCACGGUGCCUCAGGCCCACCCUGUCUUCAGGUGGCUGGUGGGGAAGGACAGCACUGGCCCACGGAUGCUGCAGCUCUUCACUCAAGGGGAACACAUGGUGUGGAGUCUGAGAUGGACGCACUGGCCCUUCCGCUAACUGGCAGUGGUUGGGGGACAUGGGCACAGUCACACUGAAGGGUCUCCUGACCUCUCUGAAAGGCCCUACACUGCAGGCAGGCAGUUUCUCGCUGGCUCCUCGGUGGGGUCAGCUUCCUGGAAAGGAGCAUAUAGGGCUCAGGGAGAUCUGGGCCCUGGUGAGGAGGGCAGGUUCUCCAUCUCCAAGGGGUCCCCCUUGGUUGCAGGUUGUGCUAACUUCAUGUUCCAUACAUUUUCUAAGGAAUUGGGAAAGCGUGGCAUCAUUAAAGGUGACUGCAGGCACUGUGGGUCUCAAGGGUCCUGGUCCAUGGCCCUGUUUCUAGACCUGACUUCCAUGUUGCUGUCCUUGUCAGGGUACUUAAGGCAGGGCUCACAGCCAACCACCUGCCUGUGUGGUGGCCCCGUAGCUGGUAUUUCCCUGUUUGAAGCUGUAGAUGAGCUUCAAGGCCACUGUACGGAGAUGUCCGUGGCCAGCUGGGUCAGUAGUGCUGGAGGUUGAGGACACACUAGGCCUUUCUAGGUGAGGGCCUCAGUGUCGUCCUCAGAGCGCUCCCCCUGGGCCUUGCUAUUGUAUACCACCCGUGAUCCAGCCACCUGUGGGGCCUUCCCUGAGGGUUUGAAGAGAUGGGCUGAUAGGGUUCCAGGAAGAGUCCUUUCUUUUCAUCCCUAAAGUCCUUGUCCUCAGGAUAGAUAGCAGGAGCCAUGUUGGUUUUCAUUCCAGGGGUAAUCACAGCUGCUAUUUCUGUCAUCUCUAACAUCCUGUCUGCCCAUGCCUGCCAGAUGUGAGGAGCCACAGUCGCAGAUGGGGUCAGCAGUCAGGCCCUCACUUGGGAGCAUGUGAACCUCAGUACUAAUCAUAGCUGCCUUAGUCCAGAUUUUAUCCUCACUCAGUGUUUCUGCCUCCCCCAUGGCUAACCAUGGGGUUGAGUCUAGGAACAAGGCUGACAAGGGAAUGAGGUCUUGGCUAGACUUCAGACAGGCAGAGAGGGAGCGACAGAGCUGCACCUCUGCCCCAGGCUUGGGCUUCCGCGGUCUUUGGGAGUCUUGUGAGGAGGUGCAGGUUCCUGGGGAGCAAGGCUUUCAAGUACCUGCACGCUUGGGCAAGCGCUCGCGGGAAGGGCGGGCACUGAACGUGCACUGAGUCACUCAUGUCUCACCCUCACGGAACAUUGUGAUAGAGGAUGUCAUGAAAAUAAAAACCUUACCACAUAAGA